GUUCGGUACCGGUGGUUGGGGCGAUUGUACGCAUUAUACGUAGUUGGCAAAAGUUGCGUGAUCGAACGAGAUUUUGCGUAGUGCAACUCACAUGUGACAAAUCAGGAUUAGCGACGGGACGCCGAAGAAAGGCGAGCAGAUUUUCGGUGAAAGUGAAUGUCCAGCCGUGGCGGCCUUGGAGAGGACUGAUUAAUUUCCACAGUGAAGACAACGCGGAUGUGGAGUGCAGCACCACUGAAAGGCAGAGCCGACAGGUUGAUGAUCGAGAUUGUCCGGUGAAUUGGACAAAGUUAUCAAAGUGUAUCGUUCCGGGUGGAUGUGUGGGACGGAACUGUGGGAGUGACAGAGAAGUGAAGAAAAUUGACAAGAUUGACAUAACACACUGGGAAGCAAGUGCUGUUUGCUCCGCGAAUAAUCCGGUUGUUUUUUUUAUUUGUGACUGCAUAAAAGGAUAAAAGCUGCCAAAAUGAUGAUGAAGUACCUCAUCGGCAUAAUGAUAUGGUCCUGUCUGCUGCAGCUGACCUCAGCAGAACCGGAAACCGCAUCCAAUCGUCCAACCAAUCUGGAAGACAUCGAGCGUGACAACCUGAAAAGUGAACGCCACCAGGCCUUCAAAAAGGAGGCCUAUGCUCCGCAACAAGCCCAGGCCGCUGCUUCCCACGGCCCCAAUCACUAUUCCGUUCAGAUCGCACACCAUCCGGGUGGUGCCACCAGCCAUGCUGGCGUCAACUAUCUGCUUCCUCCUUCCGCACCCGCUCCAGCACCUGUGCCUGCUCCAACCCACCCUGGUACUAAUUACGUGACCCCGAUCCCGUCAGGACCAUCCAUCACCUACGCCAAAGAAUACAACCCUCAAUAUCAGCCGCAGUAUCAGUCCCAGCAAAAAGUACCCCAAGUUCAUGAAGACCACUCGACCUACACCGUUCCCUCGCGACAAUCGUUGAUCCAGCCGAUCAUUGGCGGAAGCGCCCCGGCACAAACCUUCCUCACUCCGCAGCCACAAUAUGUGUACGUUCAAGCUCAACAGCAAGUUCAACAACCACCACCGCAGCAGCAACUGCCACAGCCACCACAGCAAACUCAGUAUGCAGCACAUAACCUGAAUCUGCCACAAUCGUUGCUGCACAUUCUCCCGCACCACCAAGGAGCUUAUAUCAUGAUCCCACCGACGACGGGCUACUACCAACAGCAACCUGCUUCAGCACAACAAUACGCAGCUUAUAUGAGCGAUCCGGAUAAUCAGGUGCAGACUUACUCCCACGGUGAAUCCGGUCAACAUAGUCCACAGCCUGCAUUCAGCGGUCCUCCUGCACCAACCCCAGCUCCAGUUCAAAAAGCCCCUGGCGUGAUCUAUGCCACACCGUCAUCAACUCCGGCACCUCAUCGCCAUCAAUCACCAUCGUCCGAAUUCUCCAUUGUGAAAAGUGUCGAAACUCCCGUCUACUAUUCUCCGGACAAUCAUCUGAACUCCCCUCCAGUCUUCCAUUUCACCCACUCUCCCGCCAAACCAUCCAUUCAAAUCCAUCAAGAAACUCAAACGCACUAUCCAUCAUUAACGCACCCUAACAACGGAAUUCUCAACUACUUUGGACUUCAGCACAAACAUCCCACCAGCCUUCUGGACUCCUACGUUCCAAGCUCACUGCAACUCUCCCCCGUAAAACAGUUUCCAUUCCCACCCAAACCGGCCCCAAUAUAUCGCCCUUCUGUUCCACACUUCCACCAUCAUCUCCCGCCAACGCAGCAGCUGUUCUACCAACCAACUUACCCGGUUUCCCACACAGCUUAUCCCAUCUAUCCCCCACACGCUCCAUCCCUACCAGCGCAACCAAUCCCGGCAGCAUCCGCACCCAUCUACAAUACCAUCGCCUAUUCCGUUCCCCUGUCCCAGACCAAAACCGCCACACAGUACAAGCGAUCGCCGGCCCUGGAAACCGUGGCCGGAGUCAAAUAUUCCCACCCCAGGGCAGUUAUACCGGCCACCUCCCCAUCAACGUCUCCCUUUUCUGGUGCCAUCACGACCAAGCUUCAGCCGGCUUCCAAGUUUUAAUUGAGAUCAUACCCACAGCAGCAAUGCGAUAAGUGCGAUUUGCGAAACGACGAACCUCCCGGUAUGGAACCGUGCAGUUACUGUUUAACUUAUGAUGGAAUAAGAUUAGUUUUAGAAAAUAGGAGCUUAAGACGCCGACGACGAACGACUUAUCUAUACCAGAAAGAUGAGAUUUUGAGAUUUUAGCGUUUAAUCGCAUUUAGCUUUUAAGAGAAGGAUUUCGUGUAUCUAAGAGUAGGACUGUAACGAUGUGAUUACCAUUGUACUCGAAAACUUUUGUACAGUUGUUUAUUUAAUUAAAUUAAAUGUUGAUUGUUACCAUACAAA